AUGGUGGUAGGAGGUCCCCAGAGCACCGCAAUGACUGACGUGGGGAAGAAAGUGAAUACGCUGCUGUGCUGCGAGUGUGGGACUCCCAUCGAUGGGUCCACUGGGCUCGUCAUGUGCCACGACUGCAUCCGAUUGAAAGUGGACAUCACGGAGGGGAUCCCGAAGGAGUCCAAUCUGUCCUUCUGCAGGGACUGUGAGCGGUUCUUGCAACCACCGGGCCAGUGGGUGCGUGCGAAACUGGAGUCCCGGGAACUGCUGGCGAUCUGCAUGAAACGGUUGAAGGGGAUCAGCAAAGUGCGGUUUGUCGAUGCGUCCUUCAUCUGGACGGAGCCGCACUCGCGACGGAUAAAAGUUAAGGUGACUGUGCAGGGGGAGGCGAUGAUGAACGUCGUCGUGCAGCAGACGUUCCAAGUCGAGUAUUUUGUCAACGCGAUGCAGUGCCCUGACUGUGCCAAGUCGUUCACCAAGAAUACAUGGACUGCGAAGGUGCAAGUCCGGCAGAAGGUCGCUCACAAGCGGACUUUCCUCUACUUGGAGCAACUGAUCUUGAAACACAACGCUCACGUCGACACGAUCUCCAUCGAGGAGGCGAAAGAUGGGAUCGACUUCUUCUACGGGCAGAAGAACCAUGCAGUCAAAAUGGUCGACUUCAUCAACUCGGUGAUGCCCAUCAAGUACAAGCGGUCCGAGGAACUUGUCAGCCAGGACUCGCACACGGGGUCAUCCUCGUACAAGUUCUCGUACUCGAUAGAGUUGGUCCCCAUUUGCAAAGAUGACCUCGUCGUGUUGCCCAAGCGGGUUGCCAAAUCCAUGGGGAACAUCACACGGUUCGUUCUAUGUUCCAAAGUGUCCAACACGGUUCAAUUCCUUGAUCCGGUCACUUUGCAAACGGGGGAACUCCACGCAGCCACUUUCUGGAGGGAACCUUUCCCAUCUCUCGCGGAUUCCUCACAACUCGUCGAGUUCAUCGUGCUCGACGUGGAACUAACGGGUCGCACGGAGGGCAACCGCGUGCAAGCGGAGAUAACUGUCGCGCGUGCCUCGGACCUGGGUCAAAACGACCAGGAGUACUACGUACGGUCGCAUCUCGGCGGUAUCUGCCACGCGGGGGACUCUGUGAUGGGGUACUUCAUUGCGAAUUCGAAUUACAACUCGGACCUCUUCGACGAACUACCUUACGACCAGGUCCCAGACGUGGUCCUGGUCAAGAAGCUGCAGUUGAAGAACAAAUCGAAGAAGAACCGUAAGUGGAAGCUUAAGAGGAUGGCGAAGGAGCACAACGAGGCAGCUCAGGUCCAAGGUCACGGACACGACCACUCGAACAGAGCGGAGAAGCAGGACAUGGAGCGCGCCGAGAGAGACUACGAGCUGUUCCUGGAACAAUUGGAGGACGACGACGAGCUGCGCAACAAUGUCAACUUCUACCGUGCGGAGGAGCAAGCCGAUGCAGAGGAGAUGGACGGCUUACUCGACCAGAUCGACGAUCUGACACUGCAAGAAGCGGACGACGAGGAAGAAGAGGAAGAAGAAGCCGUGUAG